CGGUGUCGUCAGCUAUCAUCGUCACUGUGACUCGGAGACGGGAAAGAGCCGAGAACCCUCCCCUUCUCCUCCCGCAUCCCCACCUUCUCUCCCUCAGCCUCCACACCAUCAGCCAGUCUACUCUCAGUCAUUCUGCCUGCGCACAGCUCAGGCUCUACAUCCUCUAACAGCCUUUCUCUCUCUCUCUCACUCACACACACACACACACACACACACUGUCGCUCACAUACCUCUCCGCUGCUCCAUGAAAAGCAGCUGCUCGAGCUCUGAGGAAACAGGAGAAAGACACAACAAAAAAAGAAGAAGACGCCAGAGUAUGAGGAUGAGUGUGUGCAGUGUGCCGGCAGUUCCCUGCUGCCGUCCCACAAAGAUCUCACGGAGCUUCACCCCCCCUCUGGUUCUCCUCCUCCUGCUCCUGGGCAGCAGCGGCAGUAGCAGCAUUGGAGCUGUCCCCUCUGCUUUCCAGCUGGCCCCGGACACCCCUGCCCCGGCCGAGCCCACCCCGACCCAGGCCACACCGCGUCCGGACCCCUGCGAGGGACGACCCUGCCUCAACGGGGGGUUCUGCCUGGUCCUGCCAUCCACCGGCAGGCCAGAGGACACCUGGGAGUACACCUGUACGUGCAGCCAGGGCUUCACCGGACGCAACUGUGAGUUUUUCACAGACCCGUGUGCGAGCAGCCCCUGUCUCCAUGGAAACUGCAGCCGGAGUGACGGUGGAGAGGAGGGGGAGCCGGCCUACACCUGCGAGUGCACUGAGGGCUACGAGGGGGAGAGGUGCGAUCAGAUCCUAUUGGACCUGCCGGCUGCUGACUGGGACCCCGCCACCCCCUCCGCCCCCGAGCUGGCCACCCCCGUCGCCUCCACCACUGCAGCCGCCACUCAGCAGCCACAGCCAACCACCAUCCCCUCCACCACAACGCCGCCGCCACCACCCACCCUGCAGCCAUGGCAACCCAAACCCGGGCAGAGGCUGCUGGUGGUGCCGUGGGAGGCAGACAGGGUGACGGAGGGUCUGCACUGUGUGAGUCCUGAGCUGUGUGAGCUGACGUCAGGAACUUUGACUUUGUCUCUGGAAGUGCCUGAAGAGACCGCUGUAAAGGUGGUGGUGAAUGCCAGUGGAGCUCCGGUGCUGUGGCGCGUGAAUGAAGAGGGCUUCCUCCGUUCCUCCAUUUUGAACGGCACUACGAUGUCGUUCCUGCAGGCCCCUGACGGACUGGUGGUGCCAGACCACUCGUUACCUCUUGGACAGAACUACUUCCUCAGUGUGUUGCGUGUGGGCGCCCCCACAGCCCCGGAGGUCACCCUGCGACUCAACCUGACGGUGAAAGCCAGCAGCUGUGUGGAGCCUGGCAGCAGCUUCAGUGACCCUCAGUGCUCCGGGAAAGGCAAAUGUAUCACACAGCCCUCUGAGAGUACCUUCUUCUGCGAGUGCGAAGACGGCUACACCGGGAUCUUCUGUGAGGAAUUCGAUGCCUGCCACCGCCGACCUUGUCGCAACAACGGCACCUGCACCGACGUUAGGCAGGGGGGUGAAGGACGCAACUUUACAUGCACCUGCCCACCAGGUUAUGAAGGGGAGCGCUGCCAGUUGCUGGUUGACCACUGCCUCUCUCAGCCCUGCAAGAAUGGAGCCACUUGCUUCAGCAGCCUGGCUGGGCCCAGAUGCUACUGUCCCGAAGGCUACCAGGGUGCUACAUGUGAGCAGAAGGUGGACCCGUGUGCUUCCAGCCCCUGUCACAAUAAUGGGACAUGCUACGCCCAGGGCCCCGGCCCCCUGGGGUUCGGAUGCAGCUGCACAGCGGGCUUCACCGGCCCUACAUGUGCCCAGCUGGUGGACUUCUGUGCCCUAAACCCCUGCGCCCACGGGGUCUGCCGCAGCGUGGGUAACAGCUACAGGUGUCUGUGUGUCCCAGGCUACCAUGGCCUUUACUGUGAAGAGGAGUACAAUGAGUGUCUGUCCGCCCCCUGCCAAAAUUACGCCACCUGCAGGGACCUCAUCAAUGCCUAUGAGUGUGUCUGCACACCACAGUUUGAAGGCAGACACUGUGAAAUCUACAAGGAUCCGUGUCUGAAAAUUCACUGCCAGAAUGGAGGCCACUGCGAGAGUUCAGGGCUGAACGUUUCCUGUGUCUGCCCCCCUGGAUACCUGGGGGAGAAGUGUGAGGUCGAUAUCAACGAGUGCGAGAGCAACCCCUGUCACCAUGGAGGCACCUGCAUUGACCAGUCAAACGGCUUCACCUGUCACUGUCAACCUGGGUGGGUGGGGCCCGGCUGUGAGAUCCACCUGCAGUGGAAGCCAGCACACACUGAGGACACGCUGACCAACAUGCCCCGCCACUCCCUCUACAUCAUCAUCGGAGCGCUGUGUGUGGCCUUCGUCCUCAUGCUCAUCAUUCUCAUCGUGGGCAUCUGCCGCAUCAGCCGCAUUGAGUACCAGGGCUCGUCACGCCACGCCUACCAGGAGUUCUACAACUGCCGCAGUAUUGACAGCGAGUUCAGCAAUGCCAUCGCCUCCAUCCGCCACGCCAGAUUUGGCAAGAAGUCCAGGCCUGCCAUGUACGAUGCUACUCCCAUCGCCUAUGAAGACUACAGUCCUGACGACAAGCCCUUGGUUACCCUCAUCAAGACGAAGGAUUUGUAAAACACAACCAUCGCAACACGUCACGAGCUGUACACACAUGUACACAUCUGCAUACACACACAUACAGUAUAUACAUAUAUAUACAGAAAGUCAGCAUAAAUCUUGAAGUAUUUCUUAAGAAAAAAAAUAACAGCAAAAUAAAAUUGAAUGUAAAGUGAAGAAAAAAAAAACAUACUCUGUAGUUUCAAAAGAACAAAUCUGGAAUUUGAUACAUCUAUUUUCCUGUCAAAGUCCACGAUAAGGCUUUAUUGUAGCAUAAGAGCAUUCAUUGCAUUAAGUUAUUGAUGAUGAGCGACACCACCAGUAACCUCUGCUGUACAAGAGCAAUGACUUUAGUCUGCACCAGACUGUCUGUCUGUCGGCAGGGCCAGAAACCCACGAGCCUAAAUUUGUAAACUCAGCAGACAGUGCUGACAGCAGUCCUUACAGGUGUGGUAGAAAUAGGUGCACUCCUCUUUGUGCAUACACUGUAUCUUUUUCUAUAUCUAAAAGACAAAAUCUGCAGUAGGUUGCCUUACUUCGUGCAUGGUUAGAUUAGAUGUUCUCUCUGCGUUAUUUUAAAACCCUUUGUACUUGGUUUCUUUUCAUUGCAGUUGUAUUUCUCGCUGUCAAGAUUGUGCCAAAUAUUUUCUUUGGGUAAUUUGUGGUUAGUAGAUGAAAUACACACACGUAUAAAAUACUAGUCACAGAAUUUUUCAUUUUUAAAAUACAUAUUGUCCUGUUAUUUACAUGCAAGUUUCUCAAUGGUGUAUGAAUAGAAAAGAAAGUGGGUUUACUGGAAUUCUGUGACCCUACCAUCCUACUGUAUGUAUUUCAGUGAUAUUUAGGAGAAUAGGUAGGUAUAUUGCUCAGUGGACAGAAAAAUAGUUGGUUUUACUCAGUGUACCUGUUUAUGCCAGUGUACAAAUUCACCUCUAGUAUAGACAGUGUUGAAUAGUUUCUGGGUGAGAGUUUUCUUUGCUGGCUUCAGGGUGGAGACGAGGGAGGACGGGGAGACUGAGAGGAACGAUAUCUACUCCAGAAUAUAUGUGCUUCUGUGUCCUGCCAAUGGAAAACUGUCCGUGCAGCUGUGUUGUUCCUCUCAAGGUCAAGCAGUGUUUUAGGCUCAGCUAAUCCUCACAUUAUUUUUCUCUCAUUUGAAACACAGCAA